UCAGGCGCUCUCGCCGCGCGCAGCUCCCACGCAGUAGACGAAUCGCACGCGCUCUAGUCAGGAGGACCGAAGCACAGCAGUCGCGCGCAGCUCCGAGCACCGACGUUCCCGGACGCGCAUUCCCAUCAGUUGUAGGGAAUUCUUUAUCCAGGGAAUUCGUGCUGAAGCGAAGACUUCCUCUUUGGAAUCACUAAGCGUCACAAGCGUACUUUCACCAUGGAUCCCAUCAAUUGUUCAUCUGUGGAUCUCUCUGAUGUUCUGGCCAGCAGGAUGAGUCCCAGUAAGAUCCUCCUCUCCCUGACUCUCUCUAUUCUGGCUGUGGCAACCACUGCCAUCAACUCUUUGGUCAUCACUGCUAUUUUGAUCACCCGCAAACUCCACCAACCUGCCAACUACCUCAUCUGCUCUCUAGCUGUGACAGACCUCCUAGUAGCUGUUCUAGUGAUGCCUGUCAGCAUUGUGUACAUUGCAGAAGAGACGUGGGUACUCGGUCCGAUCGUGUGUCACCUGUGGUUGGGUGUGGAUGUUACGUGCUGCACCUGCUCAAUUUUACACUUAGCCGCCAUUGCUCUUGAUCGAUACCGCGCCAUUACCGACGCUGUGGCCUAUUCCCAGAAACGCACGUAUAAAAGAGCAAUCAUAACCAUUUUUUCUCUGUGGACACUGUCUGUGCUGGUGUCUCUACCACCUUUAGUGUGGAGGAAAUUCCCUGUGGAACACAAAGAUAGGGAAAAGGAAGUCAUGGACUGCUUGAUCGAGCACGACCACGUGGCCUUCACAGUCUACUCCACUUUCGGAGCAUUCUAUAUUCCACUGGCUCUCAUUUUGAUUCUUUACUACAAGAUCUACAAGGCUGCGGAGAUGCUGCGUAACCGUCGGGGGAGCAGCCGAUUAGUGAAACAGACCGUGAGCAACGUCAUAAUUCCUGGAAUGAGCUCUGAUAAAGACAUCGCCCUCAGUCCCGACACACUCUGCCCAGGCGAGAAGUCAUUUUCCGACCCAUCAACAGAUGGGGAAAGGGUGCGUAUUACUUCUUCAUCAGGUGACCUCAUCAAGAUCCGCAGGAACCCAGGGGCCCGGGAGAGACAGGCGGCUUUUACUUUAGGACUGAUCCUGGGAGCCUUCGUGAUUUGUUGGUUACCGUUCUUCCUGAAGGAGGUGAUUGUGAAUAUUUGCCCAACCUGCAGCACUUCCGCUGUGCUCGCAGAUUUCCUCACCUGGCUUGGGUACCUCAAUUCCCUUAUCAAUCCGCUAAUAUACACCAUCUUUAACGAGGACUUUAAGAAAGCAUUUAAAAGACUUCUGCCCCUCUGCUGCAGCAAUAUCCUGUGAAACUGACAUGGGAGGGAAAGAAAAAUAUGUGGUUCAGGUGACAAAACUUUGAGUUGAAAGCUGCAAAUAACAAUGACUAUCCCUCUGUAAACCAGUGCAAGAAUUACACAUCUUUCAAAGACAUUUUAUCUGUAUAUUGUUUUAAAUGUACAAUUCUAAAUGUAUAAUAUUAAAAUCCUCAUAAAUUUGUAAAUUAGGAUUUCUGGAACACAAGUAAAGCAGAUAUAACCUUAUAUAUAUAUAAAUUCUGCUGGAAUUGAAAGGUUCUAUCUUGCA